UUUUAAGUGACGUAUGUCAGCCGGACUGGGGCUGUGUUUCGUUUCUCUUCUUUAGAAAAAUCAUCUCAUCAAAAAAGUAAUUUUCGCGUUAAAAAAAAGUCAAAUAAACGAAGCCGCCGUCGCUUCAAAAAAGGAAGAAUGAAUUUUAUCCUAGUUGAGUUUUAGGUUAAGAAGAAUAAAGAAGAAAAAAAGGGGAACACAGGACGGCGGCAGGUCGAUAACGCACGAACACGCUCCUCUCUCUAUAUAAUAUACGAAGAGAGAAGAGAGAAAAAAAAGAGGCCUGUGUUGGCAAUUCGAUCAAUCUUAAAAGUUCACGACCCGGACUUAUUCGCUUAAUUGGGUUUCAUCCGUGAUUCGAUAACGCUAAAGUGUUUGUGUGAUAGUGUCGAACAAUUUCUUUUGUAGGUAUAUUUCAGUUAAAUUUCGCGUAAUCCAGCGCGCGGCAUCGAUCCCGACCGCCUAACCUUGAAAAUUAUGAGAGUCUAUCGACAUCACGACUCUACAUUUUGAGAUUUUUCUUUUGGAUUUUAUUUUAUACACAGUGCAGUUGUCAAAUAUCGACAAUCUGAGACGGUGAUCUGUCAGGACUGGAGAGAUGGCCACUUCAACAACCCCGGGUUCAGAUCCGUGGGUGAUUCAAGCUCGAGAACGUGUCCGUUAUCAAGAACAGUUUGAUUCUCUAAAGCCAAAUAAUGGAGUUGUUACGGGCGAUCAAGUAAAAGGAUUUCUCCUUCAAUCUCAACUUCCGCCACAAGUUUUAGGACAAAUAUGGGGUCUUUCCGAUACGGACUCGGAUGGGAAAAUGGACAUCAACGAGUUCAGCAUUGCCUGCAAGUUAAUAAAUCUGAAACUUCGAGGCUUCGCAAUCCCAUCAACGCUUCCGCCAAUUUUGGUGCAAAGUUUAAAGGCCUUUUCUAGUGUAGGAACACCACCAGUAGUGGGUGCGAUUCCCCAACCCAUUGCUCCACCUCCAGCGAAUGUCGCCGUUAGGCCACCAUUACCAGCACCACCAAUUGGACCAUCUUUUGUUCCAUCAACAGGACCACCACCAAAGCCGCCAGCGCCUCCUUCGUUUCCAAAUAGUCCUGCAAUUUCGCCAGCUAAUAAAAUUCAACCUCCAGUAGUUCCCGCUGUUCAUCCAAUAUCAUCGACCACUUCAAUGGAUUUACUCGAUCUUGACUUAUUUGAAGUGUCUAUGCCGGCAGUGGCGCCGAUUGCACCUUUAAAUACAAAUCCAACUCCAAUUGCGGCAUUUGGAAUGGGACCAACUGUACCAAUGCAACCAAUGGUUCCAGGAAUGGUACCGGGAAUGAUGCAACCAAUCGGAACAGUUCCUGGCGUUGUGCCAACAAUGACAGCAAUGCCAACUGGCAAUGGAUCGAUUCCAACAGCGGGUGUCAUGCCAAUGGUGUCGAGUGUAACUCCUCCCUCAGUGUCAAUGCCACCGGGAAGUAUUCCAGUUAAUGGGAGUGCUAUUCACACUCCAGUUUCCAGUAAUACACCAUUGAGUACAACGGCAAGACCGCCGAGUAUAGACAGAGUUGGUUCCAUGGAUUCGCAACACAGUCAACAUUCAAUACCCUCGAUUGGAUCGCCGCAAAGCAUCGAUUGGGCCGUACCUCAUCAAACCAAAUUAAAAUAUACUCAACUAUUCAAUACGUGGGACAGAACUCGAUCUGGAUUUUUAUCUGGACCACAAGCACGAAAUAUCAUGGUGCAAUCACAAUUACCGCAACAGAUUCUAGCUCAAAUAUGGACUCUAUCCGAUAUGGACUCGGACGGACGUUUAGGUUGCGAAGAAUUCGUUCUCGCGAUGCAUUUAUGCGAUAUGGCAAAGUGUGGUGAAAAUAUUCCCGUUGCUCUUCCACUCGAUCUUAUUCCCCCGACGUUCAGGCGCCAAAGACAAAGCAGUUUGACGCCUUCACAGGGAACACCGGAUAUUGAUCCAUCCCUUGGAAUGCCUCAGUCGUCUUUUGAAGACAAGAGGAAGGAGAACUUUGAAAAAGGACAAGCAGAAUUGGAAAGACGUCGUAAAGCUCUGUUAGAAAUUCAACGCAAAGAGCAGGAGGAACGUGAACGAAAAGAGAGAGAGGAGGCCGAGAAGCAAGAAAAAAUAAGGUUAGAACAAGAGAGACGUCGACAAGCGGAAAUCGAGAAGCAAAUGUUACGACAAAAGGAAAUUGAACAAGAAAAAGAGGAACAAAGAAAACGUGCUCAGGAGCAAAGAGAAGCAGCCCGAAAGGAAAUGGAAAGACAACGACAACUCGAAUGGGAAACCCAAAAAUCACAAGAACUCCAAACACAAAGACAGAAGGAACAAGACAUUCUUCUAAAAUUGAAAGCGAAAAAUCAAACUUUAUCAAUUGAACUCGGAAGUUUGAACGAUAGAGUUAAAGAAUUAUCGCAAAAAAUUUGCGACACUCGAGUUGGUGUUUCAGGGGUGAAAACAACAAUUGACGGAAUGAGAUCAACUCGAGAUUCACAAUUAAAGGAGAUGGCAGCGUUAAAAAAUAAAUUGAGAGAACAAAAUCAAAGACUUCUUAAUAUAAGUCAAGAGAAGGCGAGAAUUGAUGCGAAGAAUAAAAUGAACGCCGCUCAGGAUGCGGCUGGUCAGGAAGCAAUCAAAAUGGCUUUUGCCAAUAAACAAAUCACAUUGAAGCAAAUGAGAGAUAAAAUUGAAGACUUACAGCAACAGGUAAAUGCAAAGAAAACGGACAUAGAAAACAAUAAUAGUCAGUUGGAGGAAGUGAAAACUCAAAUGCAGAAUCUCGUGACUGAUUGUAAAUGUUUGUAUACUAAUUUUAAUGAUAAAAAAUCACAAGUAUUACAAUUGAAAACUAGCUCUGGUGGAAAUUAUUCGUCAUCGGCGUGGGGUGACAGUGCUUGGGGUGAUUCGGGACAAAAUUUUGAAUCUGUGGACGAAACUUCAUGGCCAGCGACCGAUUCAGCUCCAGUCGAGAGUACAACCGAAACAACUGGUGGUGUCAAAUAUCGAGCUUUAUAUGAAUUUAAAGCAAGAAAUCAGGAUGAAAUUUCAUUUCAACCUGGGGAUAUUAUUUUGGUUACAUCUGUUCCAAAUGCAGAGGAAGGUUGGUUGGCGGGAGAAAUUCGCGGGCACACCGGUUGGUUCCCGGGAAGUUAUGUGGAACCAUUGGAUGCUGCUGAAGUUAAUACCGGAAGUGCAUUCAUUCAACAAGACAGUAUGGAAAAGAGAACUUUAGAAGAAAUUGCCGAAGUUCCGGAAAAUGUUUCGGAUGCUGGCUCAUUGGUUGGAGAGGGUCCUACUGUCGAUCCUAUUGUUCCAACGUUAGGUUUAGGAACCGUUUGCAAUAUUCGAGUGACAGCUAUUUAUUCAUAUCGGCCCACUACUCAGCAACAUUUAACCUUCGACAAAGAUGAAAUUCUUACAGUCUCAGAACAACAGGGUGACUGGUGGUACGGAGAGGGCAACAACGGAAAUUCAGGUUGGUUCCCGAAAUCUUACGUGAGUACUGCAGUGACAAACGGACAAGAGGUGCCUUCAACAGACGGUGGACUCAAUGAAUACUACAUGGCUCUUUACGAAUACACGUCAAAAGAAUCAGGAGAUCUUAAUUUCAUUCAAGGAGAAGUAGUUCUCGUUGUGAAAAAGGAUGGCGAUUGGUGGACAGGCGUUAUUGGCAAUCGAACAGGAAUUUUCCCCUCAAAUUAUGUGGAUAAAUGUGACAUGCCAAUUACGGGUAAUGCAAUCCCUACUAACGGUGAAGCAACAGCAGAAUCAGCAGCAGUACCAAUUUCUGCAGCUGAAACUGACGUUAUUAUGCGUCAGGAUUCGGUUACUGCAGCAACAACAACGUCUGCUGUUCAACAAUCACCACUUCAGGAAAAAACCGCAGAACAACUUGAGGAAGAAAUAGCCGAGGCUGAAGAUCAGGCUGAAUUGCCAGACUUUGCGGCCAUGUCCGCCCAACAGUAUGUCAGGAAGAGUAGAAAACCAGAGAUCGUUCAGGUAAUCGCUCCUUAUCAGGCGACCAGUGCGGAACAAUUGAAUCUUCAGAGGGGACAAUUAAUCAUGAUUCGUAAAAAGACUGACACUGGCUGGUGGGAAGGUGAAUUGCAGGCUCGAGGAAAGAAACGACAAAUUGGUUGGUUCCCAGCUUCCUAUGUAAAACUUCUAACUAGCAAUAGCAAUAGAAGCACUCCCGUUUCCCAUGGGUAUUUAGAUUCACCGACAGAUCCUAAUAUUGAACGUGUGAUGGCGCUUUAUCCAUAUCAGGCACAAAACGAGGACGAGUUAAGUUUCGAAAAAGGUGAUGUGAUUACUGUCCUUGCCAAAGAAGAAGAAGCGUGGUGGAGAGGCGAGCUAAACGGUGUUUCCGGUGUCUUUCCAAGCAACUACGUUUCGUCAAUGUCCAGUGAGAUGAUUAAUGAAGUUAUGAUGACACAACUCGAACCAACGGAAAGAAAACGUCAGGAAUAUAUUAAGGAACUAAUUGCAACCGAGCAGGCUUACAUCGAAGACAUGAGACUCGUUCACGAGGUUUUUGAGAAACCAUUGCUGGAAAGUUUAGUGUUGUCCGUAGACGAAGUCGAUAGAAUUUUUGUCAAUUGGAGAGAUAUUAUUGCUUGCAACGAUAAUUUCCUGAGAACUCUGAGGAUAAGACGUGAUAAUAGUGAUGGAGGAAUUGUAAGAAUGAUUGGUGACAUUCUGUGUGAAAAUAUUCCAAGAAUGUCGGCUUAUGUGAGAUUUUGCAGUUGUCAAAUAUCAGCUGCGGUUUAUCUACAAAAAUUAACGGAAAAUUCGCCAGAUUUUGUGGAAGUUGCUCAAAGAUGUCAACAGGAUUCGAGAACAAAAGGAAUGCCAUUGAGUUCUUUUCUCAUUAAACCAAUGCAAAGGAUAACGAAAUAUCCGCUUAUAAUUGGAAAAAUUUUGGAAAACACCCCUUCUCAUCAUCCGGACAGGCAAUAUUUAACGGAAGCUUUAUCAAAAGCAGACGAAUUUUGCAUUCAGGUGAACGAGGGAGUUCGAGAAAAAGAAAACAGUGACAGACUCGAAUGGCUACAAACGCAUGUUGCUUGCGAUGGAUUAGAAGAGCAACUUGUCUUUAAUUCUCUGACAAAUUCCCUAGGGCCUAGAAAAUUAAUUCACUUCGGAAUAUUACACAAAGCAAAAAGUGGAAAGGAAUUAGUCGCUUUUCUCACAAAUGACUUUCUAUUGUUUGCCCAACCAACGAAAUCGCUACCAAGUGGACAACAAUUUUCGUUCGAACGAAAUUCUCAUCACAAAUUUAAAAUGUACCGAAAACCAAUAUUUCUGAAUGAACUGUUUCUUGCUGGAGAAUCGGAAACUAGUAGCAGUGGGAAUGGUAACGAUUCAACGGAACAUUCCUCGAGGACAUUGCGCCUAAGAGAUGCGAAAAAAUUAAUUAUUCUUCAGGCACCAUCCACAAGUGAAUGUACAUUGUGGACAAGAAGAAUUGCGGAAGCUAAGAAGCAAUUCGCUGAAAAUGAAAGAACUCGAUUGCAACGUCAGCGUUCAAAACAGGCGCAAUUUGGAGCUUGUGGACGUAUUCUCGUGACAGUGCUCGAAGGUUCCAGCUUAAAAACAAUUUCUGGAAAAUGCAACGCAUUUUGUAAAGUGGCAAUGGGAUCGCAAGAGGAGCAAACAGUUGUUGUGUCUGGUACCGAUUGUCCACUUUGGGACGCGUCAAUGCAAUUUCAAGUCAAGGACCUUCACGAGGAUACUUUAUGCAUCACAGUUUUCGAUAAAGGCUACUACAGUCCGGAUGAAUUCAUGGGUCGGGCAGAAGUUCGUGUCGUUGACAUUAUGAGGGACAGUAACGAUUCCUGUGGACCAAUUCAAAAACGCAUCAAAUUACGAGAAGUGGAAAGAGGAGAUGUCGUCUUAAAACUAGAUCUUCGUCUAUUUAACGAAUCGACCAACUUUAUUAAUAAAAAUGGCAACAGUCGAAUAAUUGACACUCGAGCAUAAAAGGAAGAAUAUUUUCUACUCCUCAAACAUAUCAGAACAUUUUUUUGCUCAUACCAAAACUGAACUGAAUUAAUCGUAUUUAGAUUUUAAAAAAAUUAGAAAGAUUUAGUAUUCAAAUUUAUUGUACAAAAAAAUGCAUUUACUACUUCAAAAUAUCUUUUUCUUUACUAUAUUGAUUAUUAUUAUUAUAUUAAUAACAAGUGCAAAAGUUCUGUAAAGAAAUAAAGCCAAUUUUCCUUUUUCAAAACGAAAUAUGACAUAAACGAACAACUACUAAUAUACGAUAGGCUAAUGAAAACUAUUUUUUUUACAUAAGUCCAAUCAUUAUUUAAUUUAAUGAUUUAAAUAAAAAUACGCUCUGAUAUUUUUCACAAAGUUGAAAAAUUUUAAUCAGCAUAAAAAAAAAGAAUUUAUAU